AUGCCGAGACACCCUACGCGAUCCAUAACGAGCGCCGGCAGCGAGUCUAUUCGGAGUAUUCCACAACGAUCUUCUCCCCGAGGAGAGCGCUCCGGCUCGAACUCGACAUCUUACAUGGGAGACAACGAUGAUACGGCGCUGCCGUCAAUGGAAUUCCACUCCCACUCCCAGCAAGCUAUUGCCCAUCGCCGAACGGGGAGCACCUUGAAAACCGUCAUGCGCAAGAUCUUCAACCGGAAAAGGCAAAGUCAGGCCGAUGAACUGGAAGAGAACCCAUAUGAAUCUACAUUUGCGAUGCCACCGAUGCGGAAACCAGGAGCGGCGAAAGGAAGAUCAUUGUUGGCGAUUCCGCCUCCUCUGAAUCUGAAUUCACACCGGGGUAGUCCACUCUCGGCGCACAACCUCCAGCUCGCGGAAACACAUAUGUCUCCGCUUCUGUCUCCACUGUCUCCUCUGUCCUCUGCAACCCUGCGUGAUUCAAUGCCGGGUAGCAUGCAGCCCCGCCGAAGACGCGCAACUCUCCCCAGCGUGGUUUUUUCAGAUGAUGAAUCUCGGUUUGCCGUGGCGUCAAUAGCAAUAUCCGAUCCGCAAGAGGAUAGGAACCAUAUCCCAGAGCGAAGACACAGCUUGCUCUCACACCGCCUAUCAAGGAGCACAGAUGCAUUGCGCGAAAUGACAGAUAACAUGCCAGAGAUCAUGACCUCUUGGCCACAACGCACUUCAUCCGCCCCUCUGCCGGCCUCGGUUCUUGGGUCACAUUCCCCGCCAUUGGAUGAAAGCUCUAAUAGUGGGCAGUCGGGGAGGCCCUCAUCGGGAACAACAGUAACGAGUGUGACCCGAAUGUCCGCUACACCGUCUUUGAUGGAAGUUGAACGGCAUACAGAACAACCGAGCCUCCCGUCGAACGUCGCAAGUCUAAUCAACUCAAUGCAGCAAGAUGACAGUGCCACCCUGGAACAGCGGUUGACCACGCUCGAAGUGAAACUAAUCGAUUUGGAAUUCGCCAUUGCGCGAAUGCAAACCAACUGUCCCGAAAACCCCACUGAAAAACCGUCGCGCCCGCGACACCCCCCUUCCGCAGACUCCUUCCCCCCUCACAUGCGCAAAAAACCCACCGCAUUCAUAUCCUGCGACCGCGACGAUUUCCCCAGCCCCCUCCCAAACAUACCCACCCGCCCCUCCAGCACAAGCACAAUCCGCGCAGAUACAAUGACCCCGCGCACCCUCCGCCCCGCCCCAUCAGCCUCAUCCCUGUCCGACUACCACGGCGUCUCAAUCGAGCAAUACAGCACGCUAGUCACGCUCCUGCGUCGCGAACAAACAGCCCGCAGAAACCUCGAGACACAAGUCGGCGGUCUGCGCGAUGACAUUCGCGAUCUGCAGCGCGCAGCACUCGAGUCCAUGCAGUCGGGCGUGGGAAUUGGCAUGAUGCAACCCGUGCAUCCCACGGAGUCCCGGCAGUUCCAGCGCUUCCGUCGCGCGUUAGAUGACUCCGAUACCUCUCCAGUGGUGAGGCCGGAUGAUAAGCGCACUGGUAUUGAGGAUACUGACUCCGACUGGGAUCGAUCGGAUAUCUAUUCCCGUGAUGAUCCGUUCGGUCCUUCAAAGUGGGAGCGUCAGCGGGUUGUGACCGCUCCUAUGAUUUGA